ACACUGUUCACCAUCUCUGCGGCAAUGUUUUGACAUUUGAGUAGCGUAUUUCAGAAUUACCGGCACUGUUGUAUCGAAAUAGACUGAAGCGAAAAAUUAACUGUGAUAAAGGUGUUUGUUUUCCAACGUUAAAAUGGAAACGGAAGAAAUUGUUAGAAAAUUGGAUAAAAUUGAAAUCCACACGGAUCAGAUAUCUCUGGUGUCUAGUCCGAUAAGUGAAUUAUCGACUCCAUUAGAAACGCCAGAAACUAAAAACGAUGAUGAUAAAUAUCGCUUUAAAAUACCAUUAGUUACAGUCGAUAAUCAGCUUUUGGCCACAUUGGUCGAAGUGUCUGAUGUUACGCCAAACGAAGAAAAGUCUGAUACAGACAUGAACUUUACGCCGAUAAAAGAAAAACAACCACACAACUAUGAAGAAGAAAUGGAUUGCGAUACUCAAGAGGUUAAAUUGCCACCGAUAGAUUUUUUCAUCGAAAAGAAUGUCAUUGAGUUGGCCCGUAGCUCAUGGAGAGGAAGCACAAAGAAUCAACGCUUUUUGAAAGGAUGUCUUUGGUCGCCGGAUGGCACUUGCCUACUCACAACAGUCAACGGUGAUGGGAUGCAUGUGUUUGAAACACCACGAGAUUUAUACGAAGCUGAAUCCAUUUCACCUGACAGACCAUUGGACUGUUUAAACAGCGCUGUACAUAUCAAAGAAGGUGGAAUUGUUUACGAUUACUGUUGGUUUCCAUUUAUGAACAGUAAUGACCCAGCUACAUGUUGUUGGUUGGCGACCCGUCAGAAUGAGCCAAUCCAGUUGUGGGAUGCAUAUUAUGGUGAUUUACGUUGUUCGUAUCGGGGUUAUAAUGCCGUUGAUGAGGUUGAAUCAGCUCUCAGUGUCGCCUUUUCCAAUGAUGGAUGUGAAGUGAUUGGCGGUUAUAAGAAAACGUUAAAAGUCUUCAAAACCGACGUGCCCGGUCGUGAUUACAAUUCGAUUACGAUCGCAUCACCCGCAUCAGCACUGGCUCGCAAUUCGGAAGACAAUAUAAUAGCGGUUGGUUCAUGGUCGGCAAAUAUAACAUUGUUGGAUCUUCGAGAACCAAACUAUGGAGAUAUUUGUCAAAUAAAUCAGCAUCGCGGUGGUGUAACUUAUUUACGCUUUUUGUAUGGAAGAAAUCAAUUGAUAAGUGGUGCACGAAAGGAUAAUCUGUUGAUGCUCUGGGAUUUACGACGCAUAGCAGAACCGGUUUUAACUGGACAAUUUACACGAACGGUCAGCACAAAUCAACGGAUUUACUUUGACAUUAGCUCCGACCAAAAUUGGCUGGUUUCUGGUGAUACAUCGGGCAUCAUUCAUGCAUGGAACCUCAACGAUCUGUCGGCAGUUCAAGAGCAAACAUAUUCAGUCCAUCAUGAUUGCUGCAACGGUAUUUCAAUUCACCCAGACAAACCGAUUUUAGCAACGAGCAGCGGUCAACAUCACUUUGAUCUGAAUGAUAUCAUGCAAUGCGUACCAGACAACAAUCAAAAUGGCAUCAAGAAGCCACGUGAAAAUUCACUAAUUAUUUGGUGGUGUGGAAAAACUAUGUCAGCUUAGUCAGCAAACCUCAUUUUAAAUGGAUCAGUUUGAAAACUGAUUUUUAAGUUAAAAAACUUAGAAUAUUUUUUAAUGAAUUUUAGAAUUUCAGGAAAGAAAAUGUUUAUUAUGAAUGAACACUAUUGUUUUUUUUUGAAUAAGUAACUGCACAAAUGGCAGUUUUUCAUGCAAGUCGAAAUACGGCUAGAAUAAUAGGUAUAAAUAGAUUUUAUAUUAAACUGAAA